AUGUGCAUUGACUGUAAAAGUUUUACAAAAAGUGACUUUGAAUCAUUUUUAAAGCAUGUAAGAAGACAUCGGAGAAGGCUAAGAAAAAGGUGCCACUACUGUGAUGCUCAUAUUCGUGAAGAUUCAUUAAGUGCACAUAUAAAGCAGCAUUUUAUUAAGUUACAAGUCCCAUGUGGACUUUGCGGAGAGAUUUUAAAAAAUGAAGAAGCAUUGAAAAAGCAUUUGGCUAACUAUAAUUCUGUUAAACCUAAACAUGCAAUGCCACAUGUCUGUGAGUAUUGCAACAAAGCUUUCCGUUUCAAGCAGAUCCUUAAAAAUCAUGAACGCCAGCAUACUGGCGCUAAGCCCUACUCUUGUCAGAAUUGCGGUAUGGAGUUCACCAACUGGUCAAAUUACAACAAACACAUGAAAAGGCGGCAUGGUACCGACACGUCUAAGAAAAAAAUAACACCUGAUGGUGUGUUCCCCAUAAAUCCAGAGACCGGUCAGAUAGUACAGCUCAAGGAUACAGGAACGGAAGAAUGGAAAUCAAAGAUUAUGAUACCCGCUAAAAGGGGAAAGAAGAAAGUAAUAAAAGAAGAAACUAGUAGU